AUGGCUUCAACCCCCCCGUAUCGCCAAAUACGGGCAACAUACACACCCGACACCAUCACUGUCUACCAAGCGUAUAAACGCUCCAUCGCCGAUGCCGCAGUGGAGCACCAGAAGCUCGAUGCCUCUCCAGACUUUCGUCCCGGACGGAUGACUUGGGUCAAGCCCAGCUGGGGCUGGAUGAUGUACCGCGCAGGGUAUUCGUACAAGGACCCCGGGCAAGAGCGCAUUUUGGCGUUACGCAUGAAACACGAGCUUUUCGUAGCGCUGCUCGAGAAGGGCGUGCUGUCUGCGCACACUGAGCGGAUUGGUGGUGGCGGUGGUGAGCAGGGCCCGCGCGAUAAGCCGAGUGAGGUCAGGAUUCAGUGGGAUCCCGAGCGCGAUGAGAGACUGCGGGCUUUGCCGUACAGGAGUAUACAGAUUGGCAUCCCGGCGUCGCUGAGUCAAAAAUGGGCAGAGGAAUGGAUCACUGAGAUUGAGGACGUCACCGAGAAAGCGAGAGGCCUGAAGGCGGUCCUGGAUGAGAGAGGCGACGUCACGAGGGAGGAGCUGGUGGAUAUGGGAUAUGUUCCUGAGGAGAGAGUGUUUGAGGUUAGCCAAGAUAUUAGGGAGAGGUUGGCAAUGGAUCUAGUUGGCUCAUAG